AUGAGCUCGACGCCUUCGAUUACGGGCAAGUCCCUCUCCGCUUCGACAUCCCAUUCUCCUGCCGUCCAGCCCGGCCCCGCCCCUUCGAGUUUUGAGUCGACCCGCCGCCCGAACCAGACGAGCCCCUCCAUCAUCCAGACGAACGCCCGCAAGGCACAGGCCGCCAGGAAACAGCACAAGAACCAACGCCGACCCGCUGGCUUUGGCCAGCCACGACAAAACUCCACGCUGGAUGACGAUGACGACAUGGCCGAGAUUCGAGCCGUCCGGAACGCCUCGAGCCGCCGUGGCCAGACAUCCAUCACCCAUCUCCUGAACUACAGCACGCCUUCUCGUCACUACCAGGAUCACCUCCACACCCACCACCACUCCUCCCACUCGAGGAGCUACCGCCGCAAUCCCACCUGGGGUCCCGGAUCCGGCCACCACGCCGCCGACAAGGCCCGCUACGUGCAUGCGAACUACCGCUUCGUCGUCUCGCCCGAGGGCAGCUACGCCACCCAGGCCGUCGACGCCGACGAACACCUACAAUGGGGCGACGUCCUCCAGAUUCUGGCCUCGGCCGAGUCCCAGGCCACGAGCUGCCCCAUCUGCCUGUCCGAGCCCGUCGCCCCGAGGAUGGCCAAGUGCGGCCACAUAUUCUGUCUGCCAUGCCUCAUUCGCUUCAUGAGCGCGAGCGACGAUGAUACGAAGAACAACAGAGGCGCGCGGUGGAAGAAAUGCCCCAUUUGCGAGGACAGCGUCUAUCUCCACGAGACUCGCCCCGUCCGCUUCUACGCCGGCCAGGAGAGCCCACUCCCCCGAGUCGGCGACGAUGUCGUCCUCAGGCUCAUGGCAAGGUCGGCGAAAUCCACACUUGCCCUGCCUCGAGAGGGAGGCGCCGAAGCCCUCGGUGCCGCCGACGACAUCCCCUGGCAUUUUGCUGCCAACGUCCUAGACUAUGCGAGGAUCAUCAAGGGCACCGCUGGGUACAUGUCCGAGCAGUACGACGAGGAGAUCCAGGCUCUGCAGAAGCAGGAGACGGAGGACCAGCUCCUCUAUCACGAGGAUGACGAGUGGACACAAAAGGCCAUCCGCGCCAUCAUCACAGCGAGGGACAAGAUCAAGGACCUCGGUGAGCAGGCCGCCCUGCCCGCUGCCAGCUCAAAAGAUGCAGGCCAGACCAGGGUGGUGCAGCCCGAUUUCUUCUUCUACGCAUCCCAGCCACAUCUCUAUCUAUCAGCACUAGAUAUUCGCAUCUUAAAGACAAAGUAUGGCGACUUCUCAGCGUUCCCCUCCACCCUCCUCCCGCGCGUCGAGCACAUCUCCACCGGCCACGUCCUCGACGACGCCCAGCGGAAACGGGCCAAGUACCUCGGCCACCUCCCCUACGGCUGCGUCAUUAGCUUCCUCGAGUGCGAUUGGACCGAUAUCGUCCCCGCGGAGAUCCUCGACAAGUUCGCCGGCGACAUUGAGAAGCGGAGGAAGCGCAACCGCGACAAGGCCGCCCAGGAGGACCGCGAGAGGUUACAGGCCGAGCGCCUCGAGGCCGCCGCCAUGCGCAGCUCAACAGGCACCCGCCGCCAGUACGACCCCAUUGACGAGGAUAAUGUCCCCUCGCUCAACUCGGCCGACUUUCAACCCCUCAACAGCGCCGCCGCCCACCACGCCGGCACGACGCCCCCGGAGCCGCGACAGGGUUUCGGCCAGCUGGCCGACCUUUCGACGAGCCCCUCGGCCGUCCGCACCGUCUGGGGCACACCGGCCAUCUCCGGCACGUCACCCGAAUUCGGUCCCAUCGACGGAGCCGGCGUCGGCACCGACGACGGCUGGCUCAAGGACGACGACUUUCUCGGCGCCGCGGAGCUCCACUUCCAGAUGGAGGCCUUUGGCCUCGAACCCGGCCCCAGCGGCGCUCCGGAGAGCAGUGGCGGUCCCAGCAAGGCCGGAGCGGCCGCAGGCGGAGGAGGCGGCAAGGGCAAGAAGAAGAAGCAGAAGAUCACGUUAAUGAGCACCGGCGGCCGGAGGGGCAAUUAG